AUGGAUAACCGCGGCUCCUUCUUCUUUUUCCUGCUAGUUUUCUACCUGCUCCUGAGCUCCCAGUCUAGACCCCCAUUGGUUGAUGAGGAUCGGGAACGGCAACGAGAGCUUAACCGCGAGCGACAUGCUCUUCGUCUGUUGAAUGGGUCGCAAUAUGGCGACUUCGAUCCAGCCGCUGAGCGGUGGCUUCCGUUUGAGGGCCUGAGGGGUAACGAUAGCUACGCAUGGGAACUGUUUCCGCAGGUCAAAGACCGCGCUCGCCACCAGCUCCAUUCCGCCAUUUCAAACGCCAGGUUGGAAGCUCCAGAUGGUAUAGAAGACCCAACCAUAUCGCCGACUCUGAACUUGACCAAACUCCUCCUUCCGGUAUACCGCAACUCAACAGGGAAGCUGAGGGGAGACUGGGUACGACGGACUGCAGAUCCGCCUCGCCGUACACCUCUGAACGUCACUGCCAUCGCCAAACAACAUGAAUACUUCACUCAUGAGUUCAGUCGCAAUAUAACUGGCAAUGGAGGUACCUUUUACUUCGAUAUCGAAGAGGGAGGUGGUGAGGAGCUUCAAAUGGGCGAAGGUAUUGCAAGAGAAAUGAGGGCGAGUUUGACCAUUGAGAGUGAGGACUUCUGGGGAAGUACGUGGUACCUCUCCUUGUUCGGUAUACACUUCCCUGACACCGGGAGCAUCAUCUUGACCACCUCAAGCGAGAAAUUCGGGGGCAUCUUCUCGUUGCCACAUUUCAUGCUGUCCGCCGACUCAUACGCCCUGUCCCAUGACCUUCUUCUCAAGUCGCUCUCGGAUACCAUCUCACAGAAGCAAAAUCGGCCUCCGACACUAUUCCCUUGGUCUUCCUUGUCUGGAACAGAGCAGAUUGAGUUCCCUGCGCCAAAAUGUGAACAUAUCAUCUACCUACAGCAGCACCCUGUCAUGGUCGGUGAUGCUGCGGCUGACCGAUUAUUACUGGAGCGCAUGGAACAGGAGCUCAGAUAUCCCAUGGGGGCCCCGAUUCCAGAUCCUCCUCUGAUGGUCAUGUCUGCCGUGGUCUUCUCCCCAGACUGUGGAUACAUACUUGAGAGCAAGGGAACACCCGACUUCCCUCCGACUGAUACGCUAUAUUUGUCCGGACCCAAAAGCGAAGAGUACAAUAAAUAUGCAGCUCGUCUCGUUUUCGUGGUUUCCGGUGUAUUUGUUGCACAAAUUACUCUACUUCUGCGCCAAAUCAAAGAAGCCUCGACCCCUUCCACCCGCAGUCGAGUCAGUUUCUAUACUAUCGCAUUGAUGGCGCUCGGCGAUGCAUUUGUUCUGGCCUUUAUUGUUCUGGAACUCUAUGCAGCUAUCUCAUUCUUGGUUCUAACGACUGCAUCAUUUUUGGCAUUCCUCUCUGUGAGUUACAUUGGAAUGAAGUUCAUGAUGGAGAUCUGGGCAGUGCAGGAGCCGGAAAGGCGAGAACAAGACCGUCCGUCCAAUCAAACUCCCACUACACGCCCAGGAACAUUGCCUCUGCCCGCGACUGCUGCCGCAGUACGAGACUCGGGCGCUACCCCGGUCAUCUUACCACCUGAUCAAGAUGCGCCGGAUGACGAGCCAGAAACACCAGCGCCCACCCGAACCACGCCCCCAACUCCAAGACAAAUACGCAGCGACGUGGGGGCAAUGUAUGCAAGAUUCUAUUUCGCACUGUUCGGCAUGCUCAUCCUCUCCGUCUGGGCCUUCCUCCUACCCAAACGCCUCGGCUCAAUCUACACACGCUUCCUGGCAGCAGUUUACCUCUCAUUCUGGGUCCCACAGAUCUACCGCAACGCAAUGCGAAACUGCCGCAAGGCUCUGCGCUGGGAAUUCGUGAUUGGCCAGAGCAUCCUGCGCCUCUUCCCAUUCCUGUACUUCCUCACAGCCCGCGGAAACGUGCUCUUCAUUCGGCCCGAUUGGACAAGUGCUUUUAUCAUGACCGGAUGGGUCUGGAUCCAGGCCUGGAUCCUAGCCAGCCAGGACAUUCUCGGUCCGCGCUUCUUUGUGCCGCGAGGCUGGGCGCCUCCUGCAUAUGAUUACCAUCCCACCCUGCGUGAUCUUUCUGGUACAGAUAACGAUCUCGAGGCUGGUGGUGGCAUUUUAUCUAUUGCAUCACUGCGAGCUGACGAGCGAGACCUUGUCAGCGAUUUCAAGGAAGAUGACAAGGAUAAGCAGCGGAAAGAUCGGAAGAAGGCUAUGUUCGAUUGUGCGAUUUGUAUGCAGGAUAUCGAAGUUCCCGUUCUCCCGGCGCCUUCAGCUGCUGGUGGGAGCAGUGUCGCCGAUGGGGCUUCGAAUAUCUUGAGUCGUCGUACUUACAUGGUUACCCCUUGUCGGCACAUCUUCCAUACUGCUUGUUUGGAGAGCUGGAUGAGACUUCGGCUUCAGUGUCCUAUUUGUCGAGACACUAUUCCUCCUGUAUAG